AUGACAACCAAAGCGUUCACGGCAGUACUACGUAGCAUGGCCAAAGAACGGUGGAGAUCACUGGCCAAAGAAUUGAUACAAUACAGGGAUCACAAUGAAAAGCGGAAUCGUCUGUCUACAAUGUUGUCGAGAGCGGAAAUGCCGCUGUAUCCGUUAGCAGAAUAUCCGUUACGGAACGACAAAGGUGUGGAUCGUGACUCGUUGAAAGACGCCGAUAGAAAAAUUCGUCAACUGAAUGGAUUUCUAGCACAAGGUGUCAAACUUGUGGCAGCAGCCACAGGGAAUGUCGUCGGUAACAAAACGGUUCGCUUGUUAUCACCAAGAAUCGGGAACACCAACCGUGCCGACAAUGAG